AUGGUUUUCUUCUCAUUUGCUUCCUUCAUGCUUCUCUUAUCUUCAUUUUCCAUUGCUGGGGCUCAAGAAAGAGCUCCCCAUGGCAUUGCAUACGAGAGUCCCAUGACCUUCUCGCCCUCGGCCUAUCAAUUUUUCCAUCCAAACACCGAAAACCCUUGCUCGGUUUCCGACUGCUCACCGUUGCCGGUCGCCGCUCAAGUCGAUGAGUCUAAAGCACUUGCAAUUAAGGUGUCAUCGACACCGGAUAAAUCAGGCCAUGAAAUGGGAGCUGAUGGAGUUGCUGGCAUUGUUUUCGGUUUGGGAUUUGCAGUGCUUUUGGCAAUGGGUGUUUAUUAUGUGCUGAAUACCCGUCGAUCUAAUGCUAACGGCGCCAACAUUGUUGAACCUGAUGGCUGAAUCAUUUUCUCUUCAAACAUAUACAAUUCUCAACGUACAAUAUAGGCCAAGCCUUGCUAAUGAUGGUG